CUCAUAAGAGAGAGAGAGAGAGAGAGAGAGCUCAACACUGUGGGUGAGCCAGUGGAGGAGCCCGCCGCUCUCUCUCCCCAAUCCUCCUCCUCCUGCACGAGACUCAGACGCGGACACACACUCUCUCUCUGCCUUUUUAGCGACUAAAGGGAAAAAGGAAAGGGGCGCCGGAGAGUCACCGGCGAGCAAGCACGGAGGUGUGAGCAUCAUCGUUAGGGAUGGCCACCCCUCCACCCGCGGUUUCUCCUGCAUCGAGCCCGCCUCCACCUCCUUCAGCCCCCGCUUCCUCUUCUCCUCCCUCAGCCCCUGCUUCCUCUCCUCCUCCUCCCAACUCCACGUCCCCGCCGCCUUCCUCUUCCCCUCCUCCCUCCUCUCCAGCAACGCCGUCCGCGCCUCCUCCGUCGUCUCCGUCCUUAACUCCCCCGCCUGGUAGCCCUCCUUCUACCCCGUCUCCGCCUCCCCCUCCGUCCUCCACUACCUCUACACCGACUACUCCGUCCACGACGACUCCGUCUACACAAACUACCAAAUCCCCUCCUCCUCCACCUUCUUCUUCUUCUUCUUCUUCUUCCUCCGGAUCUGUGUCAGUCCCCGUGAUCGCCGGAAUUGCGGUCGCAGCUGCUCUCAUUCUCGUCUUUGUCAGCGUGCUUUGUAUCUGCUGUAGGAAGAAGAAGCGCCGGAGAGAGGACAGCGGGAGAUAUCAAGGGCAGCUUCGGCCACCUCCCCCUCCUUCGUAUCCGGAUAAAGCUGGUUCAGAUGGGCCUUAUGGUGGAUAUGCUCAAAGUUGGCAGAAUACAGCUCCUCCUCCGUCAGAUAAUGUGAUCAAGAUUUCACAUCCUCCUGCACCACCCCCAGCAGUUGCUUCGCGACCGCCACAACCUCCUUCACCUCCUCCACCACCACCACCACCACCUGUCAUCGGUAGUACUGGAGGCUCUGGUUCCAUGUACUCAGGGUCAGAUGCACCACCACAUCGUCCACCAUCACCUGGUCUUGCAUUGGGUUUUUCUAAAAGCACCUUUACAUAUGAAGAACUGGCAAUUGCAACAAAUGGCUUUUCACCAGAGAACCUCCUUGGUCAAGGUGGUUUUGGUUACGUGCACAAGGGAAUUCUUCCCAAUGGAAAGGAAGUUGCUAUUAAACAGCUGAAAUCUGGCAGUGGACAAGGCGAACGUGAAUUCCAGGCCGAGGUGGAGAUAAUUAGCCGGGUGCAUCAUAAACAUCUAGUUUCUUUGGUCGGUUACUGUAUUAGUGGCACCCAGAGGCUGCUUGUUUAUGAGUUUGUGCCCAACAACACACUUGAAUUCCAUUUGCAUGAAAAGAGUCAGCCAACAAUGGAUUGGACAACACGACUGAAAAUUGCACUAGGGGCUGCAAGAGGACUUGCUUAUCUCCAUGAGGACUGUCAUCCUCGUAUAAUUCACCGUGACAUUAAGGCAGCAAAUAUACUUCUUGAUUUCAAAUUUGAAGCGAAGGUUGCCGACUUUGGACUUGCUAAGCUUUCUGCGGAUAACAACACUCAUGUUUCUACUCGAGUUAUGGGAACAUUUGGGUACCUUGCUCCAGAAUAUGCUUCCAGUGGGAAACUUACAGAGAAAUCCGAUGUAUUUUCUUUUGGUGUCAUGCUUUUGGAGCUGAUUACUGGACGCCGACCAUAUGAUGCUUCCCAGUCAUUCGUGGAUGAUAGCCUGGUGGACUGGGCAAGGCCUUUACUUACAAGGUCACUGGAUGAACGUAACUUUGAAGCAUUGGCAGAUCCCAAGUUGCACAACAAUUACAACAUCAGUGAAAUGGCACAUAUGGUUGCCUGUGCUGCCGCAGCAGUGCGACAUUCUGCAAGAAGAAGACCCCGGAUGAGUCAGAUUGUCCGAGCCUUAGAAGGCGAUGUAUCGCUUGAAGAUCUGAAUGAAGGAGUUAGACCUGGACAUAGCACAGUAUACGGCUCUUAUGGGAGCUCUGACUAUGAUUCAGGCCAGUACAAUGAAGACCUCAGGAGGUUCAGGCAGAUGGCGUUUGGCCAAGGUGAAGGUUUCACCGGAAUGAGUGUGCCAACCAGUGAGUAUGGACUAAACCCAUCAACAUCAAGCAGUGAAGGCCAACAAACUCGAGAAAUGGAGAUGGAGGGUAUGAAGAAACAAAAUCGUGGUUAAGGCGAAAGCACAUGGUUCUGAUGAAUAUUUUGUGUAUAAAAUUCAUUCCGUUUUUCUUUCUUUUUUUAAUCUUUUUCUCGGUUUUGUUUUAUCGCUUUUGCGGCAAUUUGAAGGUUGAAUAGAUGGAAGUAGUUGGUGGGACCGAAACUUUCAUAUGGGUUGGUUUGUUUUGUUCUUCUUGAUUCAUAUGUAUCAAAUUAUUAUUUGCUUUUGAGGGGGACGGUUCUGACAUGUAUUCUUUUUCUCAUGAUGGAACUUGUAGCCUGCAAAUUGUUAAAUUUAAUAGUCUUGGAAUCGUCUUCAUGCA